AUGUCUUCUGGGGAACCACAAGCAGAAGUUGAAGAACAACAAGUUGCCGUUAAGGAACUUGCCUUAAAGGUUCAAUUACCCCAUUUCUUAACUACUGAAACCUUAACUUUACCUUCGGCUUAUGAAGAAAGUUUAGCUGACUUGAAACAAUCAUUGAGCAUUAUUCCUUUGUCUCGUAACUUGACCAGUUACACUAUUGUUAUUAAUGGUGUCGACGUAACCGCUCACUUUGACGAUUUGUCUACUUUUGCUCAAAUCAUCGAAGAAUUAGGUUUGGCCGAUGUCGAAGAAUUGAACGUUGAAAUCAAGGAAAAGGCUUACAACUUGGCUGCUGUCUAUGACCAAAUCAGUAGAUUCAGAGAAGUUAUCGGAUUGCACUACAUUGACCGUAUCUCCCACGAUUUCGGUGUUGCUGCUGGUGUUUCUAAGUUUAACAACAUUGAACUUGAUGAUGUCAAGCCAAAGGAAGACAAAGCCGAACAAAAGCCCGAACAAGAAGAAGAAGCUGCCAACGAAGUUCAACUUCCUGCCGAAGAAUUGACCAAGAUCGCCGAAUUCGCCGAAACUGUUUCCAUGAAGUCUUUCUCGGGUAAGUUCGUCGAUGCCACCGACUUUGACAAGGUUAACGACGCCUUGAAAGUUCCAAUCAAGUCGUUGAGUGUUUCUCAAUGGUCCCCUGUCCCACCUUUCCAAAAGAACAAGGGCGACUUGCUCUACUUGUCCUUGCAAACUUUGGAACACGAGACUUUCAACAUUACUUGUCACUUCUCCGGUUUCUUUGUCAACAAAUCUUCCACCGUUAACUUCAAUCCUGAAAUCAAGGUCAAUGAAAAGGGUAAAUUCUUCAAGUCAUUCUUGUUGUACGACUUAGUUUCCUCCUUAUCUCCAAGUUUCGCCAAGACUAUUGAGGAAAAUGAAAUUAACUUAUCGUCAGCUACCCAACAUCCAGAAACUUACUUGUUGCCAAACAACUCAUACUUGGCCUACCCAUGGUUGGUCAACACCACCACCGCCAACAAGAACUUCCCCGAUGUUUCCCGUUCCCAACUCCCUCUCAUCUCCAACGGGGUUGACGGGUCCGACUAUGUCAAGGACUGGAACAGUGACAUUCAAGCCAUUAAGGAAUUGCCAACCACUUCCAUCCAAGAACGUAUCUUGCGUGAAAAGUUGAUCCACAAGUCCAUCUUUGACUUCAACAAGACUGCUACUGAAACCGCCAUUAACAUCAUCAAGGGUAACUUGACCCCAAUGAACCCUACUGAGGAAGAAGACAAGCACAUUUACUUGAAGAAUGGUAUUUUCUACUCCACUGGUGCCACUACUGUUGACACUUUCCAAGCUACCGGUGGUGAAGAAGCUUCUCGUUAUAUUGCCGCCAAGGAUUUGGCAGGUGUUAAAGUCAUGAACAGUCGUGACGUUAGAGGUAUUUACAAUUUAGUCACUUGUAUCGUUGAUUACAUGGGUAAGAGAAUUGUCUGUCAAGCGCCUGUCCCAGGUGUCUUGGAUCCUGCCCCUGAAGAUGAGGAAGAAAGUGGUGAAAAGGUUGUCUACGGGUUAUCCACUGAUGCCAAUAAGAUUCUUGAAGAUGCAUCCUUCACUGAACCUCUUAAGCAAGUUGCUGAUGUGUUCCAUUUGAAACCUCACACUGUUGAACUUUCUCCUGAAGUCAAGUCCAAGGGUGAAUUGGUUGUUUCUAAGGACUCCAAGGGUUUGAAAGGUACCGAUGGUCGUAAGUAUGUUAUUGACUUGUACAGAACUACUCCUCGUGAUAUUGAAUUCACCGAACAACAUUUCGACCCAUCCAGCCCUCAAUCUUAUCCCCAUGGAGAAGCUUUAGUUCGUCAUGAAGCCGUUACAGAAUGGUGGAAACGCAAGAUUGCUCCAUUGAUCAAGGCCGCCGCCGAAAAAGCUGAGGCUGAAGGUGACAAGACUGAGCCUGUUUUGCCAACUGAACAAGUUGUGUUCAACCCAGAUGCAUUCUCCACUGAUACUGAAUCUGAUGAAGAUAGAGCAACUGUGAGGGAGAUUUCUAAGUUCAUUAAGGAACACUUGGUUGAAGAAUUCUUGAAUGACGUCAGUUCGCAAUUGGUUCCAUUUGAUGGUAAGCAAUUGACAGAAAUGUUGCAUAGAGCCGGUAUCAGUAUGAGAUACUUGGGUUUCAUUGCUGAAAGAAUUAUCGCCAAGAAGGAAGAGUUUGUUGCUAAGGAAGCUGAAACCAUCAAGGCUAAUGAAGAAGCAGUGAAGGCCAAGAAGGAAGAAGAAGCCAAGAAGAAGGAAGAAGAGGCUAAGAAGGCUGAAGAAGAGGCUAAAGAGGAAGCUAAGGAAGAAAAGAAGGAAGCUGAAGAAGAAAAGGAAGAUGAAGAGGAACCAUCCAAGGCCACUUAUGAACCUAUUGUUGCUAAUUUGAAUGUUCUUUACACCAUCAUUGUUCGUGAAAUCGUGGCCCGUUCAUCUAAGCAUAUCUUGAGACAAUUGACUACCGGAUUGCCAACUUACUUGGUUCCAUUUGCUGUUGCUCACUUCCACAACUGUUUGUUGGGUAGUGCCAUCACUUCUACUCCUUCUGUGGAAAUUGAUCCAGUUUACCGUGAUUUUUACCCUGAAUCUGCAUUUGAAUUCACCAAAUUGACCACUGAUGCUGUGUUACAAUUGAUUCAAACUGAAGCGUUGGUUAGAUUUAGAUACACUUUACCUUCUGACUGGAACAGUACCAUUCGUGCUCCUCAAUUAUUGAGAGAAAUUGCUCACAAGUUUGGUAUUCAAUGGAAGUCUCAGCAAUAUGCCUUCACUAAGGAAGAUUUUGAUGCGCAAGCUCAAGAUUUCAAGGUUUCAACCAUCGAAACCAAGUCCAAGAAGAAGGCCAAGAAGUCAUCUCCAACCAUUGUCGAAAAGACCGUGGCUCGUUCUUCAACUUUUAUCGCUGAUGAUAUCGUUAACUUUGUUCCAUUAGUCAAGGAUUCUUCCAGCAAGUCUAGUCUUAUUGAAGAAAUCUUCCUUAGUGCCCGUGCCCAUAUUGCCGCUGGUGGUAAGGACAGAGAAACUGGUAUUGCUUUAAUCAAUGAACUUGUUGGCAUUCAAGAAAACAUUUAUGGUAAAGUCAAUGCUGAAACUGCCAGAUUCUACACUUUGGUUGCGCAAAUGUAUCAACAAUUAGGGUACGAAGUUGAAGCUGCCAUUCUCGGUCGUAAAGCCAUUGUUUUGUGUGAACGUACCACUGGGUUUGACUCGGCUGAUACCAUCACCGCUUACAUGAAUGCUGCCUACUAUGAAGCUGGUAAUGAUCAAACUUUGAACUCAUUGAAGAUAUACAAGCACGCCAUGCAAACCUGGGCCAGUGUAUACGGAAAGGAUCACCCAACUUUGAUCAACACUUUGACCAACUCCAGUGAAGCCAUGAUGAGAAUCAAGGCAUACCCCGCCGCCACCCAAUUCCUUGAAGAAGCUCUUGAAUUAUCGGUUGCUGUUAAUGGUAAUGUUUCUGAAAUUACUGGUAUCAUCUAUUUCCGUCUUGCCAACUUGUUGGUUUCCAUUAACAAGUUUAAGGAAUCUCGUGAUUUGUACGUUAUUGCCCAUGAUAUCUUCCAAAAGUUGUUGGGUCCGGAUGAUUCCUUGACCAAGCAAGCUUCUAGAUACACCGGCAGUGUCAACAUGUACAUUGAGUACAUGAAUGCAAAGAGUCAAGAAGCUAAGAAGCAAGCUGCUGCUGUUGCCGCCGCCACUGCCAAGUCUGCUUCUAAAGUCAAGGUCCCAGGUGUUUCUGCCACUACUGCUGCCUCAAAGAAGAAAGCUGGUAAGAAACAUCAAGUUCCUCAACCAGAUCCAGAAAUUGCCAGCAAGUCCAUUGAUGAUAUUUUGAAGUUUAUUGAAGGUGGUAACCAGCCAAAGAAGGGAAAGAAGGGUUCCAAGAAAAAGUAA